AUGGCUGCAAUCUCCGCCUCCGCUUCUCUGCCCGCCGGUGGUUUGAUCGACCCUACGAAGCAGGCAGAAUACCCAGUUGUCUUGGGAGAAAGGCUAGCAGCAAAGGACGGUACCACGCCAAACCGGUUAGUCAACAUCCAGUACAAUUACAAGAGCAAGUCUGCCACACCGCAGCAACGGUCGACCAUCAGUCGUUCAUCUCGGUCCCAAGAUGCCUACACCCUUACCAUCACAGACAAAGCACCUACGACGGAGCAAAAUACGUUGACAUAUACAUACGAGGGCAGUGUGGACCCAGAACAGCCCGUGUCGGGUUCGGAAGAGAAGAACUUGGUCUUGGUGUUUGAUCCAAGUCGAAAGGUUUUCGUGUUGGAGCCGGUUGCAACACAGCUGAAUUUCAAUAUUCGUUCAGCUCCUGCAAAAACAGCGAAACAGGUUCUCGAACAAUAUGAUCAACUCAAGACACUCCUCGAGGACGACCAAGCAUGCGGUGACGAUCAAUUGCAGGGCGGCGAGGAUGAGGGCCUGGCGGAUGAUACCAACCCGUAUGACUACCGUCACUUCCUCCCUAAGGAUAAUGCCGGAGACGAGAAGUCCGCGUCGGGUAUUUCGACCCCGGAACCAAGCUACAGCACCGCAAAAAUCACUACGCCAGUUGUUGAGCCUGUUACAAAGCCCGCAGCUGGAGGUCCUCUGCCGAGAUCGAAACCGCCGGCCAAAGCCCAAAGCAGUCAACAAGCCAAGCCCGCUCGUCAGAAUAAAAAUGCAACCAAUCAAUCUAUUAGGAAGACGGGCCCACCGACAUUCAAACCAGACACAAGGGCUCCAGCCCGUGGAGAGUCAGAAUCGUUGUCUUCGGAUGCGGUGACUGGUGCGCCAUCACACAAGUCGACCCCAUCGCCGGGCUCAAACAUUAUCAUUGACGGUGACUUGAUUAUCGACAUGGGCUCACCGCCACCAUCUCGUCCUAUAUUCAAGGUCAACCCUGCCCAUUUCUCAUCCAGCAACACUCCCUCGAAUAUUCCGGAUGGUGAUGGGAAUAGGGAAGAAAUGGAGGAUUUGUGUCUGCCGUCUCCGGCUGGCCGUCCAGGUGCACCCGCGCUAGCUAGAAAUGGGGAGGUAAUGCCCUCAAAUGAGGACGAAGCUGAAGACGAUGACGCGUUGGCUGCGGAAAUGGAAGCGGCCUUUGAAGAGAGUGCGCGAGAGGAAGAGGCACGAAGCCAGCAAUAUCAGCAACAACAGUCACAGUAUCACAUUCCUAGUGAUGACGAAAGCGAGGUCAGCGAGGAGGAAUGA